AUUUUUAGCAAGUUUCAAGUGAUUUUGUUCAGAUGUAAUGCGAUACUGGCGUUGUUUUGCCAUAAAAUUCGUGAACGUUUCCGUCAAGGACAGCUACGGGGUCGUAUAUACCUUCAAUCGAGCCUUCAAUUUGCCUAGAUGUUUUGUUGAGAAUCGCCAAGUAGGAUUAAAAUGGCCUAACGUUUUGCAUUGUGAAAACAUGGGCCAAUUUCAAACGUCGAAAUGAUCUGGAAAAUAUGUUUUAAGGUAUUAGCAUUUGUUGUUUAGCUUGUUUGUCUGCUUGGAUUUUAGACUUUUUGGUUUCGUUAUGUUGUUGUUUGUUCUGUUUUGGUCGUUUGUUUGUUUUGUACUUGAAAAUAAGAGUUGCAAUUAUAUAAGUCGUGUGUCAAAAUAUUAGUCAACUUAUCAGUAUUGAUCAUGCAGUAUUUUAGUGUUAUGUAGAAUGAUAUUAUUGUAUAUAUUUAUUGUAUAUAUUCUCAAGAUUUGAGUGAUAUAUUUCAGAGAAUGUAAAUGUAUACCGUAAAUCUCCAACUAUAUUAAGCCCUGGACUUAUAUUCUUUCGUAAGCGAUUUUUGAUGGGCUUAUACAAGGGGGGGGGGGCUUAUAUAUUGGCGAUCCUUUGUGCUAGUAAUAAACAAGUUGAUCAUAAACAAGAAAAUAAACAUAAUAAUGCGCUUUGAUUAACAUAGUAAGCUAUAAAGACAAUGACAAUGUUUUUAAACCGGGGAGGGGUUUAUAUUUUGGGGGCUUAUAUUUGGAGAAUUUUUAGAACCACUGAGUAUUUUAAUAAAAUACAAAACAAGUGAAACUCCAAAAAUCACUAACAUUUUUAUUUAUCAAAAUAAAUAAAAAUGAUAAAUAGAAAUGUUAUCGAUUUUUGGAGUUAUUGUUUUGUAUUUUAUAUUUGGAGGUUUACAGUUAGUAUAAUAUAUUGUGCUUCGUCAUUGUUAUAAUUUACAUUGCUCACGACCUCAUGCAGUUCCUAUAUUGCAUGGAAGCAUAUAUAGAGGAUACAUAUUUGAAAUAGGAUUCGAUGCAACAAGUGGGUGGGUAACAGCUAUCUAGCUGUGUUUUGUACAGCUAUCUUUGAACUUGGAUGUGGUAUUUGAAAGACUUUUGGACACCUGCUUCUCAUAUUGAUGCCUUUAAUUAAUCCCCGAGCCAACAGCAUGAAGCACCAUUAUGGUUGUAUGCCCGGGGCGAGGGUACUAAUUAUGCUUGAGGGUACUAAUUACGCUCGGCUAUUUAAACCCGGGAAAAGCAUUAGCGAAGUCUAAAGUCGUGUCAUGGGUGUGUAGGUGGACCUCCUCACUGAUCUCAAAAAUAUGGCUGUACUUUUAACUAUACAACAAAAAUAUACAAAAAGUACUAAUCUUUCAACUAUUUUUUCCCAUUUUGUACAGAAAAAAAUUAAAAUUAUAAAAUGAUUGUGUCUCUAUGGCAACACACAACACAAGCCUGUGUUCAGUGAACAUUGCCCAAUUACUAACGCUUCAUGUUAAUUCAAUGUUUGGAAAAUAUAGACGAGGCGUUGCUGCAUGAAUGUAUUUCUAGUACAUGAGGCUAAGAAUUGUGGAAGUCAGAGAAAUACUUUGUGCCUUAAGUUGCACUGUAAUUGUUUUUUACUGCACAGUUGUCUUAGAGUUCUUGCCUUAUCCCAUGUUCUUUAGUCAUUUCCUGAUCUACUAACAUGUAUCCUAGCAUGCUUGUCCAUUUGCUUUGCUAAAAUUCAAAACUACUGUACCUAUAUCAUGAGCUGCAGAGUUUGCAGUUAAAAUUAAUAUUAUUGCAUGCAUGUCUGUUAUACUCAAGAUGUCCAUAUUUCUAAUUCUGGUUUCAUUAUCGAGUUUUGACCAAAUAGUUGGACCUAGAUGCCUUAUUGUGUUUGCAUAGCAUACAGUUUCAUUAUCUUUGGAAUGUCAAAACUUGUCUUUGUUUCUCAGUGAUAUAAUGUUCAUACUAAGAAAGUGCCUCUUCAUGGGGAGACUCUAAAACUCUAUGAAGAACUGUUCAAAGUGCUCAGCUUAUAUGUAGUGUCACACAAUGAUCCUCCUGACAAACAAAAUGAAAAACAAAUUAAAUUGUCUUCUUGUAUAAAUGGCAUAAUAAACAGGAUUCAACAUUUCAACUAACUCUAGCAUUAGUUUGAAUUUCCACCGAUUUUUUCCUGUGUUUUCUCUUAAAGUCAGUCAUGCCGAGUUCCCAUCAGAAAUAAAAAGUGGCAUAUAAAUGGCUGAAAGACGCAAGAUUGGCGACUGGAUUGAAAGUGGUUAUCUUGGCUCUGGAACGUUUGGCAUGGUCAAACUCUGGCAUAAUGAGGUAGGUGUUCUAUUGAACCCAUUAGCAGGGCAGGCCGAAAAAAGAAUUUUCUUCCUGGGAGCACAAACUGGAGACAAAAGUUUCCUGCAGACCAACAGAGUAUUUUUGUGCUAAAUCUGCAUACAGUGCAUAUACAUAAUUAUAUAUAGCUUAAGUGUUGUAGCUGACCCAGGGCUCGAAACUGGAAAUUUUUGUCAGUAUCCAUAUCAAGUGGAUACCAGCAUCAUAGAAUCUAGUAUCCAUCCUUGAAAUAUAGUAACCCAGAUUUGGAUACUAGAUAUUCUAUUUCCAGUAUCUAAGCAAGGCAAAAUUUUACCUUGCAACCAGGCCUUCAGUUGCUGAGCAAAAACCAGGCCUUUAUAAGUUUCAAUAAUAAAAAUAUGUAUUGAAAUUCGAAAAAAUUGAAAAUAACACACUGCGACGAUACGAAAGAAAGCACCGUUUGUGAAAUUUUUUUUUAAAUAUUCUGCCAAAAUCCGUAGACAUUGAAGUUCGGAAACAUGCCAAAUGUCUAGAUGAUUAUAUCUACUAUAGCAAUUUCUAAGUUUCCCUAGUAUCCAGUUGGGAUACUGAGCUUAUGAUACCCAGUAUCCAAAAUUAAAAUCUGAUAUCCUGUGGAUAUCGGGAUACCGCAAGUUUCGAGCCCUGUGACCAUGGUUUUAAAUUCAAGGAAAUUAGUCAGUCAACCAUAUGUUGUUGCACGUGGGACAUGGGAUUUUCAAUAGCAAAAUAGCAAAUCUUCAUUCAGACAAAUUUUCUGUAGCUGUUUAAAGAGGCUGUCAAGUCGGCGUUCUGCUCAUGCGCAUGUUUUGUUUACAUUUUUUGUGUCAAACAAUAGAUAAUUUAAACACAUCUUUAUACAAAGGUAUGGACAAAAUGUGUACAAAUUGCAAUCAAAUUUUGUCCAGACCUCUGUAAGAAGUGCUUCUUAGCGUUUUCGAUUUAAAAUUUGUUGUUUUCGUGCUAAAUUUUUGCUUUAGUAGUUCAAUUUCUUCCUUGUGAUAUAUUCUGAAUGCAUAAUGAGCUAACUUGGAGGCCCACAGAUCGGAAUUUUAAUUAAAUUAUCUAUUGUUUGAAACAAAAAUGUAAACAAAACACGCGCAUGAGCAGAACAGACUUGACAGCCUCUUUAACAUUUGCUGCGAGUAGUGCUCGCGUGCUUGCCUAUUUUUUCCACCCCUACCCAUUAGGACACAAGACUCUCCUCUUUAUGAGUAAGGGAUUGGUCCUUAUUUAUUGCUGAAUGCUGAUCCAAUCAUUAAAAAGUCAAAAAAAGUUUUAACCAACCUCAAAUAUCGAUUAAAAAAAUAACUACCCAAAAACUUUACGAAAGGAAGGAUACUACUCAGUUGUUACACAUGUCCUUUACAGGUUUUUUUCAGGAUUUUCUCUUGGGUCCGUUUUUGCAGAGAAGAUUGAGUUUAGCUGAACAGCUGGGGUGGCUGCACCCCCCCCCCCACCCCUACCGGGGGGCUGACACCUGUAAUCAAUAAAUGUAGUUGAGACGGAAUGUGUUAAAGCAGGGCCACUAAGGGACACUAUAAACUGGUUAAAGAUGGCGAAUGCAUAGUUUUUCUUGUGUUGUGAGAUGAAUUCCAGCCAUUUUUUCUUAAUUGUCGGAUUUCCAACUGAAAACUAAUUUCCACACGUCACGAAAUUUAACUCAAACAACUUCAUUUUUACUGCACUGAAACUUUGGUGAGAAGAUUGAGUUUCAAAACUCAAUUCAAGAUUGGGUUUUUGGGGCCGUUUAACAGCCCUAAAAAAUCCCUGAAAAAAACCCUGCUUUACUACCUUUGUCACAUGAGUUUGUUAACUGCUUGAAUGUGCAAUUUUCUGCAGUCUAAAUCUCAUGUUUUCUGUGUAUGUACUUUCUUUCUUUCACUUCCUGACAAAUCGAAAAAUGAUCAAGAUAGUGACUCUGAUUGAUUUACAAUAUAUUGUAUUGACAUAUGACUGUUGACAUGGCUGUUAGUCUUCAAUAUUUGAGUGAGUCAAAAACACAUUUUUAUUAAUCCAAUCCUUGAGUUUCUUCAAAUCUUGUGUGACGGAACUUUCUCUAAGCCUCAUUUUAGUAAUUCUGUGUUUGAAUAAUUAGACCAUAUAGGCUUAGUACAGAAAGACUAUUUUAAUAACUACGUUUCGGAGUAUAACUCCAUCUUCAGGUUAAAAGUAUCUUUUAACCUGAAGAUGGAGUUAUACUCCGAAACGUAGUUAUUAAAAUAAUCUUUUUAUACUAAGCCUAUAUGGUCUAAUUAUUCAAACACAGAAUCCUUGAGUUGUUUUGUUUUUCAAUUACCCAACCUUUUAGUCACUCAAAAUGUUGUUUACCCAACCCUAAUUUCUCUGAUAAUGAUAGAGUUCAACCUCGUAUAUAGAGUUGGACACAAUUUGGCGCAUUACAACUUUAUCAGUUUAACUAGACACAUAGGCAGGUUAAGCCAUUGAGCGCCAUCACUCUCGUUCUGUUGGCUCCACAGAAUUUUUUUAAAUUGUCAAAAUAGUUGAGUAUGUUAGAGGAAAUCAUUUUAUGAAAUAAAAUUUGGGAGUCACCGAGUUGAAGUACUUCAAAACCAAAACAUUAUUGUUGCCAUACAUACCUGUAGCAACGGUAGUUGUCUAAUUUUUGCGAAAAAAUUCAAACCCUUUACUGUAGAUGUUGUUUUACAUCAGUAAGGUACUUUUUGUUUUUCAACAAGUAAUUAAUGUAUAAUACACCAAAAAGGUCCAAAAAUACGAAUCUAAAAUUUUGUAAAUUUUCCAUUUUUUAAAAACUGUAUUGAGUCGCCUUAACAGGUUAAUAAUUGAAUUACUGAAGACACGGAAUUACGAAAGCUCUUGGCAAUUUCAAAUCUGGUAUUCCAUUGAUACGUCAAAUUUCAAGCUCUGCGCCUCAGUCUGUGACAUUAUUUUCAGGUAACGAAGGCGAAAAUUGCACUGAAAACAUGUCGUAACGAUCCGCCAUUAAGCGAGAAGAAUCGAGAACGAUGGAGACAAGAGGUGGAAUUUCUCAAAAGGAUCAAACAUCCAAAUAUCAUUGAAACCCGGCCAUUACCAGAGGAGUUAGUGGAAGAAGGACGUCGUAUGAAGUUUUUGCCUGCUUUGUGUAUGGAAUAUUGUGAAGGAGGGGAUUUACGUAAGGUACAGUAUAAUCACCAUGCUGUAAGUUGCUUGGUCAGUAAGUCAGUCAUGACAAAUUUUAUUGUCGAUUUCAGAUCACUUUUCAAAGCCUUCCCAAGUUUGUUAUGAAGUCUGUGAAUGUUCCCAAUAUACUGUACGUCAACUUUCUAAAUUUGGAAUAUUGGGCGUGAAAUAUGAUACUUUUUGUUUGUGGAAACACCACGUAAAUUUGUUACUUCAAAGCUUUCGAUCCGUAAGCCCGGAUCUUCAUCAGUGCUAAUAAUAUCAAGCAGUAUUAAAUGCUUUAUCGCCAAUGCAAACCUACUGUACGAAGAAUUACUUAUUGGGCGUGAAGCUUGUAAAGCUAACUUCGCAAGAUGCGUACUAAAGUACCGACGUUCUGAACAGAAACUCGUAAAUUGCAGUGUUACAAGGCUGUUACGAGACUGUUUUACUAAUAUAGCCAUGCAACGAAUUAAACGUAUUUCGUAAAAGCUUUAAUAAAUCAUUCGUCAAAUGUGUUGGAAAACUAAUCUAUGAUUCAUCCAUUAAUGACAUCAUAUCCGGAAACUUUGGCAGUGAAAAAGUACCGAAAGUUGAUCAGGAUGGUUUGCAGGUUUUUUCAUCGGCGGAUUUUCCGAUUUCGCUUUGGGGAAAGGGUGCUAAAAAUUCAGGGGAAGAUGAGUCGCUAACGGAAGAAAAGCUUGCGGAAAGUGGGGCGAAGCCACAAGAAAUUUUGAGAUUUUUUGGUCUUAUUUAGUUCAAAAUCCAGUGUCAUUUUCAUAUCCAAAACACUGUCGUUGCCACUACUAAAAUGUCUGGCAACACAUUGAUUAGCAUCAUUGCCAAUGACAGCAUGCACUGAUGUUCAAACCUUGUCCUCAAAAAUCUUCCAGUUUCUCCAAUAUAAAGCAUGCCACAUUUACUGCAUGAGAUACAGUAGAUGAGAUGGGAGAAGGUGCAUGUGGAAUGGUGUGUGACAUGGUACUGUACUGUACUUAGAUUUUGGUGGGUUAAUGGUUAAUUAUUGUCUUUUCCAGACAUUAAGUACGACAGAAAAUUGCUGUGGUCUGAAAGAGACGAUGAUUAUUAGAGUUUGUGAAGAUAUUGGUAGGAAAAUUCAUGACUCGUUUUAUCUGUGAAAAACAUUUGCUUCUUGUGAAAAACAUUUUCUUUUUUUAUCACCUAAAACAUCUGAUGUUUUAUCUUACCAGCAAAUGCAAUUGAAUGUCUACACAAGGAAAACAUCGCUCAUCGAGAUUUGAAGCCUGAAAAUAUUGUCAUAUGCCAAAGCGGUAGUAAAGUAAGUAAUUUAUGAGUUCAUUCUAUCACUACGUUUGAUGUAUAGGCUAUAUAUUCAUGUAUAUAUAAAUGAACUUACGGUUACAGCUCAACAGCUGGCCUCUGUAGCUCAGUUGGUUAGAGCGCUGCACCGGAAUCGCAGGGCCGUAGGUUCAAUUCCUACCAGAGGACCUUGUGCUGCAUUUUUCGCAGUCGUUCCUGGUCAGGUCUUAAGAUGUAUAUAUACUCACUUGGAUUACAAACCCUAACAUUCUAAUAUUGUAGAAUACUGCCUAUACACUGAACCCUUCACAUUUGAGUUAUCUUCUUUAGAUAUAUCAGACACAAACCACGAUAGCUUAUCGUAGAAUACUACUUAUACACACUGGAAAAAAAUUUGAAAAUCAUGCAUAGAAUGGAAAUUGUAUGGACCUUUAUUGGAAAUAGAAUGGAUUUUUGAUUAUCCUUAAUAAUUCUAUAUUUCCAUACUAUAAUGUAUCGAAAUAGUAUGGAUAUACUAUGCAUUUAGUGGUGCAAUUGCAAAUCUCAUAGUAUGGAUUUCAAAUUUUUUCCCCAGUGACACUAGACCACCACGUUUGAGAUAUUGUUUAGGAUCACCGCGUUGGAGAUAUUUUUUUCGGAUACUUCAGACACAAACCAUGGCAGUUUAUUGUAGAAUACUAUACCUACACUGGACCACCACGUUUGAGAUAUCUUUUUCAGGACAAAACCACAGCAGCUUAAUUAUUGUAGAAUACCAACACUGUACCACAACGUUUGAUGUAUCUUUUUCAGGUAGUUCAGACAUAAACCAUGACAGCCUAUUGCACAAUACUAUACCUAGACUGAACCCCCUAUGUUUGAGAUAUCAGUUUUAAAAAUGUCAGUUUAAUUUAUAUACGCGCAGCAAUUGCUCAAAAUACUCUUUUUAAUUUUUGUUAAAGAAUAUUUAUAAGGUGAUCGACCUGGGUUAUGCUAAACAAGCUGAUCAAGCAGGAUUAUGGCACUCUUUUGUUGGAACUCAAUACUACUUGGUAAGCAAGCUCAACCUGGAUAUGUUUUCAUCUACGUUAACUUAAUAAUAUAUAAGCAAAACAUACUAAUUAAAUUGACAUCAUUUUCUGUUUGGCGUACCCUCUAAAAUCUCUUCAUUUUAGACAGUGGCGGCGCCAGCCUUUUAAAAGUGGGGUGGAUUUUUGAGCGGCGAAUGCACGAGGCACUUCUAGGGGGGUCCGGGGAAAAUUUUUGAAAUCUAGAGUCCCUGAAAUACGAUUUCCUGCAUUUUUACGGUACGAUUAUACAGAAUUCCGAAGAUUGUAAAAUAAACAAAUCACACGAUUUUUCCAUGAUUAUAUAUAUAUAUACGUAUAUAUAAAACCUGCAAAUAUAGUAUUACAUAAUAGUCAAUAGAAAAAGGUUAGGGAACCCGAUGCAAACAUAAUAGACCUCCUUAUGUAUGUUUUUGUCUGGUUUAUGCAAGGAACGAACGGUUCGUCGUCAUUUUCUGCAUAAACCAAGACAAAAACAUAGAUGAGGCUAUAUUAUGUCUCCAUCGAGUUUCCUAACUUUCUUAUUCUAUUGACUAUGACUUUACAUUGAUGAACAGCUGCCUAAAGGAAUUAUUACUUCAGGAAUAUUGAAGUCAAAGGCGCCGCCACUGAUUUUAGCAUUAUUUUACAGAUAAAGCACUAAACAUCCUUUUAAGUUUCUUUGCCGCUUGAGAAACAUAUCAAAAAUAGAAAUGACUAUUUGACUCACAUGUAUAUCCCAAAUUACAUACAUUGUGAAAACCUAAUAUUUUAACGGGUUGAAAAUUGCAUAACGUAAGCACUUCUGUAGGGGUAUUUAUACUCAUUUAUUUGAAUGGCAAAACUACUUAAGGAGGCUCCCUACCGACUGCUACAGUUUCUGUUAUAGAGAUUUAUUCAGGAACUGCACUAUUUACAAAACAAAGAAAAUGUAUACAAAAUUUUACAAAUAAUUAUGUUUUGAAUGAAUAAUUUCAAGUUAAUUUGAUAACGUGAAGGUGCGUAGUGAUCAAAGGAGCAUAAACUUUCGAGUUGAUCACUACCUACGUUCGAUCAUAUAGAUUAUUUUAUAUGGUUGAGCUUAAAUAAAGACACUCCGAUACAUAUGUACACAUAUACACAUACAUAUACACAUAUAUAAUAUACAUACACAUAUAGACUCAAGUCUCAAUAACAUUUUUCAUUGAUUUUGUAUAGAAGGGCAGCUUUAUAUCUUUUCUUAAAGAUUUCAAAUGAAGACGAACUUUUUAUUUUCAAGUCAAUAGACUCCCAUAUUUUUGAUGCAACAAAUUGAAAAGUGUGCUUUCCAUAAUUUGUCUGGACUAUCAUUGUUUUGAAGUAAGGUUAUCCUGUGAAAGGUUAUCCAUUAAUUUAAAAGGAUAAUAUUAUACAAUGAACCUUGCUGACUUAUAGCAUUCGUUACAUUAUAGUAAUAUUUAUUUAUUAUGUCAUUGUUUGAUAAGUCAAGGAUUUUUUAAACAUUUACAAGGCCAAUAUUGAACGUUAAUAGGUAAAAAACAUACUAAACAAAAGCUUAAGAACUAUAGUUAGCAACACACUUACCUUUUUAUUUGAACUACGUACUGUACGAUUUAAGAAACACUGCGUGGCAUCUUCUUUCAGAGAUAAACCCCAGAAAACACUAAAAAUACUUUCACAGCUUGUGUAAAAAAUCCACGAAUAUUUAUUCUACACGCGAGAAUGUAGGGUACUCAAUUCUUAAUACAAGUUUUCAACGUCAAAAUUUGAGACUAUUCAGAAUAUCUUGUAUUUCUUUUUUUGCCACUGUAUUUCGAUAAAAUUGCACUCAAUCGAGUAAUUUGUUUUUGUAUAUUAUUGAACUUUAAAUAUAUAAAUUAUGCAGUAUAUUUUCUAACCAUCAUCGUCCAUAACUCAUUUCUUUCAGGCCCCUGAAAUUCUUACUGGACAAAAAUACACGUUAAAAGUAAGUGAUUAAAAAUUUUUGAUAUUCACCCGGCGUAAUUUUUGGUUUCAACAAGUGGGUUUCAUAAAGCACUACAUGCAGUAGAACAUUAUGUCGAACUUGUUUAUCAAUCUAUAUAUCUCAAACUGCCCGUUUUCUCGAACUAACAUAAUUUUUUCUUUGGCGUACCAUCUAAACUCUCUUCAUUUCAGCAUCGUUUCGCAGAUAAAGCACCAAACAUACUUUUUAAAUUUGUUUGCGGCUUGAGAAACGUAUAAAAAACUUUAAAAAUUGAAUAUACAUGCAGUAUAGUCGUUAGCCAAGUGGAAAAGUAUACUCAUUAGUUUUGAGCGCGUGUUACGUAACAUACAAAAGAUUCUCCUCCUAAUUGUUGUGUUGUUUUUAGGUAGAUCUUUGGAGCUUUGGAAUAUUGUUAUAUGAAUGUUGUACGGGAAACCGACCAUUUCCUGGACACUGUCAAGAACUAUAUGAAAGUAUGCGAAGUAAAGAACAGCAGUUCAUUGCUGUCACUUUCGAAGAUGAAAAUGGUAACUGUUUCUGAAUAAUUCUAUAAUAAGUUAUCAUGUACUCUUGAACUUUAUAAGACAAAGUGAGGCAUGACAGCAUGUAUAUGGUUAUGCAUCUAUACCCAACUAUACUCACGCCUGCAAAUAAUUAUUUUGCUUGAAGGGACAAACGUCCGGGCAAGACAAAAAUUGGUUUUCUCGAACAAUGGACAAGGUUUUUCAUAUUUUUUAAAAUUACGUAGCAUGAUGUGUUUCGGCUGGCCAUGUUAGUCCGCGCUGCAAUGCAUCUACUUAACAAAUAGAUAAGAUUUUGCCGUUGUCUGUUUAGUUAUAGAUACACAAUAUGACGUCAUAGUGUGGGCAGAACCAAAAAGUGGCUGCACGCGAGCCACCGAGGCGAGUGCGUCAUUUUGUUUUUCCCAUAUUAUGACGUCAUACUGCAUGUAUUUAUAACUGAACAGACAUCGGCAAAAUCUUAUCUAUUUGUUUUAUAUAAUAAAAUAAACCCCCCGAAUUAAACAGGUAAAUAGCUUACAUUUUAUCCACCCACACAUUUGGAAAUUUGAAAAAGUCGAAAUUUUACAAAUAUCACGCGUACAUGAUCUAUAUACUAAUAAGGGAAUGCUAUUGGCUACUUUAAGUUACGUCACGUGUGACGUAAAUCCUGCAUCUGUCCUCUAAUACUGUAGAUCAUGGCUCUCGACUAAUGAAAGCAUGCAAUUAUUAAUAGUUUCUAACGUUAUAUUUGCUGUGUUCGUGUAGUGUACUCAGGUGAAUAAGAUGCUUGUGAUGUUACUCUGAGUGGUAUAUCCACACCGGGCAGGCUUGAAAAAUAUGCCUGGCCACCGUGGCCAGGCAUAUUUCUCAAGCCUGCCCGGUGUGAAUAUACACUCAGAGUAACAUCAAAAGCAUAGUAUCUAAUAUUAUUAUAUGAAACUGAGUAUAUAUAUUUAAAGGCGUGCAGGAAAUUUAUUGUUAUAAACAUUCUCGAUGCGCGAGAAGUAGACUAUAAUGUAUUAAUCAUGUAUUAAGCUUUGAAUAUAAGCUGGCUACAGGCUAAUGUAAUUCUAUAUGAUCUGCAUUUUCUAGACAUGUUGGUAUAUCGUGAUAAACUUCCCGAAGUCAACCGACUAAAUUGGUGAGAAUAAAAUUUAAUGCCGUAUGUGACUUCACUGACUUUUAUGGGACCAGGGCCGUUGCGAGGAUCUUGCCUCAGGGGGGUGUAAGGUUAGAUUUGCCAAAAAAAAUUUUCCGGACAUACAAAAAUUUUUCUUAAUAUAUCGUUAUUUUCGCAAACAUACAAAAAAAAUUUCCGGACAUAUCAUAAUUUUUCCGAAAGUAUACGGAAAUUUUUCCGAACAUAACUUCAUUUUUCUCAAAAAAUUAAAUUUUUUUUCAGAGAUAUAGCUAUUCUUCCAAAUUCAAUUUACCUGAAAAUCUACUGCAAAUCUACCUGAAACUGCUCAUGAGCAAUUAUCAGGGGGGUGUUGCAUCCCCCCCCCACACAUACCCCGGUCGCUACGGCCCUGUAUGGGACGGUAGAAUACACUGCGUACAAAUCAUAGAAAUAAUAUUAAGAGAUAUAUGUGCUGCACCACUGCGUAGUGCAUGAUGAUCGCGCGGGACGAAUCAACGCUUCACGUGACCAGACCUGGAAAUAAUUAGCUGUGUUUAACAAUUAAACAGAAUUCAUUGAAUUGAUUAAUUGUACAGGCUAAUCUGUGGUCGGCUAGGCCAUAUGUAUUAUAAUUGUAUGUAUGUUGCUGAAGUUAGCAUAUCAAAUUAAGUCGUAAGAAAUGCUGAUAAGUUAUUAGCGUUAGUUAAAACACACCUUACAAGAUGAAUACAGUACACAGCUAUUUCAAUUAAGGUUGUCCACGAACAAAGCAGAAAAGUCGAAUACGAGCGCGAAAGGCUGCUGGGAAUUGCUAACAAAUUAAUGAAUUUUCAUAGCGAUUCCCAGCAGCCUUUCGCGCUCGUAUUCGACUUUUCCGCUUUGAAUUACAACCUUAAUUGAAUUAUUGUCACUAGGCGUCUUUACUUCAUAAAAGCAGUAUUGAUAUAUACCGUGUUUCUAUUUUCAAGGAAAUUUCAAGAAAAUCUUAAUGUACGAAAAUAGACUUACCGAUCUAGUUUUUGUUUCAUUUUCCACUGUUACCAGCCCAAAAUUUUCUGACAACCAAAAUGGAGACGAUCGUCCCCAUUACACCAUUUUUAGUAUAAAGCUUUCUAAAACCAAUAUACAGUGUGCCUUAACGUACUGUAAAAGUAGUGACACCAAACUUGCAUCACAUUUUCCCCUAAAUAUUUUAUACGUUUAUAAUUUUAGCGUUCUUCAGCGAAAAUUUGAAAAGUUGUUUCGUCUGUUGUUGGAUGGAAACCCUUCCAGACGAGGCUCGUGUGAAACUGACGCAGGAACGAGGUCAUGGCGGGACUGUGUUGAUGAAAUUCGCAACACUAAGGUAUGCUUAGCACUGAUCUGCAACUAGAAUUGGAUAGUGUUGGUGGCAUGUUCUUACAGUUUCUGGUUAAUGGUGGGAAAAGAUAAACAUUGUCUGUACAGAAAUUUAUCAACAGUAGCCUCUCUUCCAUCUUAAAUUUGCCCGUGAAUAACUAGUAAAAUCACAUCAAGAUGGCUGCCACAAAUCUCAACAGGGUUCGUACGGGUCCUGGAAAACCUGGAAAGUCGUGGAAUUUCAAUAUUCCAAAAUCCAGGCCUGGAAAUCCUGGAAAAUCCAUUUUAGUCAUGGAAAGUCAUGGAAAAUUGAAAUUUUACAUAACAUUAACAAAGUAUUUUACUUAGUUCAAUUUACCAGUCAUAACAAUAAUAUGAAUUGUUAUUAUAUAACGGAUUUUUGCAAGAGCGAAGUGAAUUUCGUUCUUUUAUUAUAUCUGUUAUCGUUAAAAUAUUAACGAAUUUCAGAAAUUCCAGACUUCCAGGUCAUGGAUUUUGAAAAAAAUGGUCAUGGGAAGUCAUGGAAAAGUUAUGUAAUUUUAAAUUGGAGAAGAUGUACGAACCCUGUCUCAAGGUCCAGACACACCGAACGCGAUUUGACAAUACGACACGAUUUCUCGAUUUUCAAUGACCGUUAUUUAACUUCGAUCCUAGUUUAAAUUUUUUCUAAAUAUUGAAAGACGCUAUAACAUUUUGAGUUAUUUGAUCUACGUAUCUUUCAAAAUUUGCUCUCAUUGGCUGUUUUAUUAACUUUCAAAAACUAAAAAAUCGCGUCGCGUUGUCGAAUCGCGUCCGGUGUGUGUGUGGACCAAUAAUGUUUCAUAUGCGAAUUACUCUCACUGUGACGUCAAAUUGCGUAAUGCUUUCUGUUUUGUUUGCAUUGGAAUAUUGAAACAGUCGAUAGGAACAUUGCAAAUUCCCUCAGGGGAUUUGCAAAGAGUUUUUCAAAUUUGCAAAGCUAGUGAGGAAAAUUCCAAAUGAGUUAUGAAGUCAAAAGAGGAACGCUUCACGUAGUUUACCUGUAAACUAAGGUUCGAAAAAUUUUUCCCCUGACAAAUUCCUGUUACAACAUGGGUCAAACGUCACCCUUUUUUUCGAUCAAUAAAUGUAAAAUUGUGGUUUAGAAAAUUUUUUCUCCUACUAUUAUUUAUAUCAAAAAACGGGGUUUCUUUUAAAUUUUGCAAAUUUCCCCUUAAACUGGGGGCCCGGGGAAAAUUUCCCAAGUGCCCCCCUUCCCCUCUGAAAGGCCCUGGGUACCACUGCAUGACCAUUCAAGCCCAAGGUAUUCAUUACCGUAAUUUAGUCGCUACAUGUGUAAGUCUGACAUGUCUUAAUUGGCAUGGAACAUGAUUGGACUGAUAGCACUAAGGCAUGUUGAGGUCGAUUGAGUGUGAAAUUUCGUUGCAUAAGCACUAUCUUGUUGCUGAGACAAAUGUGUGAAUUCUUCAGGAUUCAAGAUCCCACAAUCGCACGUUUCUUAUACCAGUCCAUAAACUGGGCGUACGUGAAUUCUAAUAAUUUGUCGUUCUUUUUAAGGUUAUUGAAGUGUUUUGUAUCGACUUGUACAAGCAGUUCGCUUAUGAACUUACUUCAAAUUUCAGGUAAAGUUGCUUGUCUUGACUGUAAACAUAACAAUACGAUGUUAAUUUGAUGUCAAUUCAGCCUGAAUGAGAUCUGCGUGUCCUUAUAUUGGUGGAUAUAAAUAUUGUGUGCAUGUUAAUGUGUUGAAGGGAAAUGGCAAUGUAAAUUUUUAUUUUCUCAUUUGAAAGAAAUUUUGAAACUAUAUUUUUUAACUUUUCCUUCGCCGAUUUUUUGCAUCUUGCUUAGUUCUUGGAAUAUUUUUACUUGAAGUAAUGAGAUUGCCGCCAUCUUGGAUACAUUUUUGAUCUCAUUAACGGUAGUUUUGGUGACGUGAAUGGUUAUUCCCUGUUGUGGCGUCAGUGACGUCACAACAGGGAAUAACCAUCAUGUUUCGCUCGCUACUCUGGUUUAAAUAAAUGAUUACAAAGCGCAGUCGAAUUGUAAUCAAGACCCAACGUUUCGACACUCCAGUCUAGUGUCUUCAUCAGGGGUGAUCUAAAGAUGCAAUCGUGGCUUCUUAAAUACCCAAGGGAUGACGUCACCUGCCAAUGAGAUGCAUAUAUUCCUCUGGCAAAUAGGCACCGUCAUCCCUAUUCAAAGCAUGAUUACUCAUAUUUAUAUGCCACGCUUUUAGGCAAAGUCUGUGACCACAGGGAAUAACCAUAUAAGUAUUCGUUGCUGACCAAAUAUUGAUUGGUAGAUGUUUUAAGGUUUUUCGGAGUGUCUAUUGUUUUUUUUGUUUUUUUAAAUUGCUCAAUAGCAACCGUAAUUUGAGGUUUUGAGUGAUCUUGAUAUUUCGAAGGGCAGACGGAGUAUACUUUUGAGUGCAAAAUGAUUAGUUGUUGUCUAGAUAAAAAUAUUGCGUGACCCCUGUUGUGACGUGACAUGCAUAUCUACAAAAAUUGAAGAUGGCGGACAUUUCAUUCCUUUCGAUCAAAAUAUUUGUAUAGAAGUAAGCAAGAUAUGUAAAAACAGUAAAAGAGUAUUAUAUAUAAUCUUAACAUUUCUUUCAAAUGAGAAAAUAAAAAAGGCGUUAUUUUCCAUGUGACAGGGGUUAAAAUAUCAGAGAACGGUCUGACAAAAUGUUCGAUGAUUUUGAGUUUGGGUCGGACAUAUGUAUUGUGAGGCCUCUAGUCCUGAACCCUAUGGGGUACAGUUUGAUUUACGUUGGCCAAAAAUUCGGUCGGACACCAAUUCUCUCGGCUCGGACAAACAAUAAACCUCAGUUUCACUUGGGGGCGGACAUAAUGUCCAUGGGUUUCCUCUCUACGUCGGACAAUUCGGGGAGGGCACAGGACUUCCAGUAGAAGAAAUUGGGCCUGUUCACAUCGACUUUUAUUAGAGCUAAACUCUCUAUUAGAGCUAAAGAUGUGAUAAAUCUAAUACGCGGACGUGACAAGAAAACACACCAUAAAUUCGCAGUGUCAGUAACACGGGUUAAAAUAUAGAUUAUUUUUGUCAACAAAGAAGGAUUCAGGUGAAAAACAAAUUCAAAAGAAAAGCAUAAGUAUAUCUGUCUUUUUGUCACGUCCGCGUACUCGAUUUAGCUCAUCUUAUAAGGGCGCAGCCGUCCUUCUGGGCAAGGCUUGCUCUUAAAUUUGAUGCACUAAAAUCUUGUGCCUUUCUAUAGAAUAAUAAGCACCCCCUCCUCCAAUCUGAUCAUAUUGUAUUUUCUCAGUUUGAAAGAGUUACAAAGUCUUCUUGAGAAGGACACAGGCAUCCCAAGCGAGCAUCAGGAAUUGUUUACCCACGAUGGAAGUGAUCUAACUUCACUGUCGUCUGCCACCGCGGUAAGAUUUUUAACCGUAUAAUUCGCACAUAGCCGCACACAAUGCAGGAGUCAGCUGUACAAAAAGGUAGUAAAAGUUAACUACAGUUAGUGCGAAAAUUAAACAAUCAAAAUCGUGUCUUUGUACAAUUAAAUUUAUAUACAAAAUAACGGUUGAAAUGUAGUUAAGAGUUGUAUACAACCGCGGCUCCUGGGGAACAAAAAAAGGCCACAAAGAUAUAGUUUUCUCAGAAAUCUAGUAUGGUAUGGUACAUGCAUGAGCGGGGUUUUCAAGGCGAUCAAAAUUGGACAAGUUCAAUGUUUUGAAAAAUUCACGAGUUAUUAUUCACGAUUUCAUAAGAAAUUAUAUAUAUAUUCAGGGCCAAAAAAAUACCUGGAUUUUCUAUACAUCUUGUUGCAAAAAUCCAGAAGUCCAGCACCACCCUAAAAUAUCUGCUUGACCAUACAUUUUCUUCUUUUCAAAUAACGAUUAGCGAAACUUCCACUGCUAAAUCUCAAAUAAUGGUAAUGUUGGGAUAGUAACGUUGCAGACUGCAGAGGAGAGCGGGCAGUAAGGGCUUUCUCAUGCACCACCCAAUGGAAAACCUGCACCCUCCUUGCAGACAAGGUUUGAUCCGCCCUUGACACUGCAUGGGCCCCUUAGACUACCUAGGACAUAUUAAUCUCAACCUGAUCGCAGGUUGGGCAUAAUCCAGCCUCUGACUUUCUCAGAAGUUCACGAGUAUGAAAAUGUAUUUUCUUUUCUUCUAGUGUUUGACGGCGUUCAUGUUCAACAAAGCGUUUAACCCAAAGCUAGAAUUGAGAUACAAACACGAACUACCAAGCAUUUUGCUUAAAAUGCGUAAGUAGAAUAGUAGAACUUUUCAAUGAGCCCCGCUCCCAUGAAUCAAGUCGAAAGGCUAUAAGCCAGCCAAUCAGAGGAAUACUCGGGCAGGCGGUGUCUGCUUGGUCGGGUAACUGACUGGCACUGGUGAUUGACAACCAGAGGUGGAAAUCCCAGAAAAUGUUUUUGGAUUUACAUUUUUGCAGAAAUUUUCACACACAUUUUUUGAUGUUUGAUAUCUAAAUUCUAAAUCACUGAAUAUAUACCUGAUUAAUAUAAUGAUUAAGCACCUAAUUAAUCUAUUAACUCGAUACCAAAAUUACAGCGGAAAGUUUCAUCAAAAUUAUUCAUAUAGCCUGCAGAAGGAAAUUUGUUUUUAAUCCUGUAACUACAAGGGCUCAAAAUAACGGGAGAUAGGUCUUCGGUCAAAAUGACCGGUUGAUUUUAGCUCUGCCAUUCAUACGCUUACACUAACAGUGAAACAAACUAUUAGAAACUUGUUUCGAUACAUCAGAGUUUCACGUUUUUAAUUCAAGACGCCAGCAAUCACAUUAUGAAAAUGUGGCCGGUUAAAAUGACCGGUGAGGUAAAAAAGUGACCGGUCAUUAGAGAGGUUAAGAUACCCCGGUUUACGGAUACGAGUAUCGCCAUUUUGUUUACCAAUUUUUGCUGAUGUCAGCAUUUUUACCCGUAAUUUUUACCCGUUUCCCCGCGGUAAACCAUGGUCUCUACACGUAAAAGACAAACGGGUACGGGUGUUUUCUGUUUACUAUUUGUGGGCCGUUUAAAUAGUAAAAAAAUUCAACAUCUUACCCAAAUAAAUAAUGCACAUAUGCUCGUCAAAGUUUUCAACAAUCUAUGGCGAACCUCAAUAGCGAAAGUUACCAUUCUCUGAUCGGUUUUCUCACGCCGGAGUAUCUUGCAUUUCUUAAGUUACAAGUUAUUCCCCGAUUUACGGGUACGGGUACGUGUAUAUUACCCGUACCCGUAAACCGGAACCGGGGUAUCUUAACCUCUCUAAUGUCCGUUGACCGUCCGUUAUAUUUAUCUUGUAUGCCUUAUCAGUCUUAGAGACACAUUGCUUCACACUACAAUACGAUAAGACAAUCACAAACGGCAAUUUGCUUAUUUUUCCCAAAUUUAUUGUAAUAUUUUGCAGAAACUUUUGAGCAAUAAACCAGGUAAUCAGUGGCGGAAAUCUUGGUGGGGCGCCUCCCCCGGAAAAUUGACGAAUUUUCGGAGAUUUUGACCUAAAAGAAGGCUAAAAACAGUCUUUUCGAGUGCUAAUGGGGGUGUCGGAAAUUUGAAAGUUUUGUCGGAAAUUUAGGAGGCUUUGCCCCCCCUCCCCGGAAAAAGUGAAUUUCCGCCACUGCAGGUAAUUCCCAGAAAAACAAUUCCACCUAUGCUAACAACUCUGCUAGUGCCAUCAUGCAUGAUACUGUAGAUCUGAUCUUAUUCAUUACUGCGAAGACUGUAUUUGUGUUUAAUUUCUGAAUUUUAUUUCCUUUUGUAUUUUUCAUAUUACAUAGUAGAAGAUCCCGAAGCAUUUUCAAAACGAUCAACGGUAUGUAAGGCCACUGCAAAUUAGAGUUUAGGCCGCGUUUACACUAUAACGCUACGAUUAGCAUUCCGUUAAAAAAUUCACUGCAAAAUAAGAAACUCGCGACUUUUUUGUGUACUUUUUCAGAAACGGCAUAUGGAAGUGUACAAACACAGUGUGUUCUUUAUCCACAGACAAAUUGAAAACAAUAAAUGUCUUAUACGUGGCUUGAAAGCUUUGGUGUAAGUAUAUUAAGAAUUUAAGAACGAAUUUAAUAGGGCCUUUCACGUCUGAGAUCGUUGGUUCGUUUCUCGCAGGUUGUCGAGCUCUAACUACAAGUUCUAUAACUUAUCUCAUACCUACCUCAUUUCUCAAUUUGGGCACUUUUUAACACUCGUCCCCAGUCCUCUCAUCAACUUUGGAAUAGCUAAUUGUAAUCGUAAUUCAUUUAGAAUCCGUUUGCUCAAGUGGUCUCGUCAGGAAUUUACUGUAAGAAGUGAGACAGUCGGUCAGAGAGUUACAGAACUGAGAUCAGUUUUUUCUUUCUUCGACCAAAGGUACUGUAUGAUCGUUUCAUAAUCCUGAACUGUCUGUGUCAUUGUAGGUUGUGUCAUAGGUUGUGUCAUUGUAGGUUGUGUCAUUGUAGGUUGUGUCAUAUGAUUAUUAGUGUCAAUAAUAUGAACAAGCUUUCGUUGGUAGGGUUGCAUCUACCUGAAAAUAUUUUAUAAAAUAACAUGUAUAUAACGCGUAUUCUGAUUGGUCGAAAGCCGUGUUUGGAUCAGGCCAUCCAAACACGGAAGACUAUCGUGUUGUUGUUAUUUUAUAAAACAAUUACUUUAUGGUUUCCGUGUUUGGAUGGACUGAUCCAAACACUUGGGAAUGUUGCUCGAGUUAAGAAAAGCGGGCAAAAUCACUCGCCUUCGGCUCGUGAUUUCGCUCGCUUUUCUUAACUCUCGCAACAUUCCCGCGUGUUUGGAUCAGGCCAUCCAAACACGGAAACCAUAAAGUAAUUGUAUAAUACCUCAAAUUCAAAUUGUCCAAUGAAACAACAUCAUUUGUACCACGUGACAACGUGACUUUUUACGGUAUUUCACUCAAAUUCAUGAUUUCGCAAUCCAGCGUGAGAUACUAUAUUAGAGAGGUUAAGAUACCCCGAUUCCGGUUUACGGGUACGGGUGAUAUACACGUACCCGUACCCGUAAAUCGAGAAAUAAUUUGUAACUUAAGAAAUCCAAGAUAUUCCGGCGUGAGAAAACCGAUCAGAGAAUGGCAACUUUCGCUGUUCAGGUUCGCCAUAAAUUGUUGAAAACUUUGAUCAGAAUAUGUGCAUUAUUUAUUUGGGUAAGAUGUUGAAAAUUUGUACUAUUUAAACGGCCCAAAAAUAGUAAACAGAAAACACCCGUACCCGUUUGUCGUUUACGUGUAGACCACGGUUUACCGCGGGGAAACGGGUAGAAAUUACGGGUAAAAUUGCUGACAUCAGCAAAUAUUGGUAAACAAAAUGGCGAUACUCGUACCCGUAAACCGGAACCGGGGUAUCUUAACCUCUCUAAUAUCCCACGGCAGAUCCACCGUGGCCCACGCUCACGCGUGGACACCACGCUCUGAAACAAUAUGGCGUUCGCGAGCUGUUGUUUGUAAUUUCGUACAGAACUACAGAAGAUUUAUUAAGUUAACCAAAUAUUUUCAACACGCAUGUUAACUUCAACGAUCCAAAGGAUACUUGCUCAAAUAUUUUUUAAAAAGAGAAAACGUCAAAAACUCAGGUAUACAUAACUUAGAAAUUAAAAAUUAUAUUCGCUUCAAGUUUUAAAGUUUAUUCUGAACUUGCUAGUUUCUUAGUGACGCGAUAUUUACAGCAAUAUAUGCAAAACGUACUGAACUUCAGACAUCAUUUUCUCUUUGGCGUACCAUCUAAAAAUUUUAGCAUUAUUUUACAGAUUAAGCACUAAACGUACUUUUUAAGUUUGUUUUCAGAUUGAGAAACGUAUCGAAAAAUAAAAUUUUUCAAUGUAGUCAUAGCCGCAAGUGGUAUAUUAUAUACUCUUUAGUUUUUGAGCGCAUGGUACGCGCAAUUAUUAUUAUACAAAAAGAUCUCCUCUUAAACAUUUAGGAUUCGCUCGCGCAUGCGCCCCAACCGUGUCAAUAACAUCAUAUUUUGUAUGCCAUUUCAAUCGCUGUAGCGUCGCGCAUCCAAUACAAUCAAGUGCGGCACAUGAAGAUUACGCCAUGGCAUGAGAAAUAUCCGGUGUGUCCAUAUACUAAGCCAGGUGAUCUCGUGUUUGUAUUUUAGCCAAUCAGCGCUCAGAAAGGGUUGUCCGAAUAGAAAUCCAUUUUGAUGUAUUCAGUCAAUUAUAUCUUUCGUUAUUCUUUAUGAAACUAGUUGAAAUUUUGUAAUUAUGUUUGGUUAUGAGAACUAUAGCUCUGGCAAAAAUAUGGAAUCGAAAUAAAGUAUAUUACAGGAGAUAUUCAGUUGUUUUAAUCAUAAAAUGGAUUUCUAUUUGACAACUAGUGCCAGUACUUUUCCGCGUAUCAAGAUCACCUGGAAGGAGCAGGGUUCGAAUUAGACAGGAAGAAUCGAUUUCGCAAAUUUCCUUCUUGAAAAUUUGAAGGAAAUUUCAGUUUUGAAAAGUGGAAACACUGCUUGCGAAAAACAAAAUGGCGCUCGUUUCGUAGCGAUUUUUUUGUAAAUUUUCUGAAGAAAUUGUAGCCAUAUCCUUCAUUUCACACAUUCUUUUUAGUACAAAAUACAAUAAUAGUCAGCAAAAUACUCCAUUAUAGUAAAAUACAUUCGAAGUGAUUGUGAAAAUCAACCUUUGACACAUUGUUUUUGCAAAACGCCAUUCCGUCGCAAAAUGGAUGAUUUUGCGUUCGCAAAAAGUGAACUUGCAUUCGCAAAUUGCGAAUAGCGAGCCGCUAAUUCGAACCCUGAAGAGAUAUCCAUUAUAUAAAAUUCUUUCCAUCUUUUCCUUUUCUUUAUUACCCAGUCUUCGUACUGACUUGAAAAACUACGAGAGUAAAUGUUCAACAUUCAAGAAUGGUGUCACCAGAGAUAUGCCGGAUUUUGAAGCCUGGAGACGAGUGGAUAUAAAUAAUAUAUUGGUGAGUACAGAAGCGAGAUUAUACGAGUUGACAAGCGAGAGUUUACAUGAGAGUUUCCUCAACUUUCAUUGCUUGAUCAAAUGAGAACAAGAGUUGCAUAGAGUUAACAAGCGAGAGUUUACAUAAGAGUUCUUUCAACUUUGAUUUCUUGAUCAAACGAGAACAGGAGUUGCAUGAUAGUUGACACUUAACAAGCGAGAGUUUACAUGAGAGUUUCCUCAACUUUCGUUGCUUGAUCAAACGAGAACAAGAGUCGCAUGAAAGUUUGCAUUCGGGAGUUUACAUGAGAGUUUUUUCAACUUUCAUUGCUUGAUCAAACGAAAACAAGAGUUGCAUGAGAGUUGACAAGCGAGAGUUUACAUGAGAGUUUUCUCAACUUUCAUUGCUUCAUCAAACGAGAACAAGAGUUUCAUACAUGAGAAUUGACAAGCGAGAGUUUACGCGUGAGAGUUUCAACUUUCAUUACUAGUUGAUCAAACGAGAACAAGAGUUGCAUGAGAGUUUGCAAGCGAGAGUUUACAUGAUAAUUUCCUCAACUUUCAUUGCUUGUUCAAACGAGAACAAGAGUUUCAUACAUGAGAAUUGACAAGCGAGGGUUUACGUCAGUGUUUCAACUUUCAUUGCUUGAUCAAACGAGAACAAAGUUGUAUGAGAGUUGACGAGCGAGAGUUUAUAUGAAAAUUGUCUCAACUUUCUGUAUGCUGUUCGAACGAGAACAUGAAUUCUGUUGUUUUCAAAUUUCAGCGAGAGGCCAGUGAAAUUUUCAAAAGGAAAAGUGAACUGCAAAAUAAGAUAGCAACGAUGAAAAACAAUGAGCGAGUCAGCAAGACUCCCGAGCGAUCAAUGCAGCAGUUAACUCAACGGUAAUUAUAUGUGUAUUGUUAUAUAGCUACGGUGAACACCAAACGUGAUUGGUUGAUUUGUGGUCACGUGGUUUUAAAUAAAUGCAAUGUAUACCGCCCGACAACAAAACAAAAUGGCGGAACAACUAGCAUAAUUAGAAAGUACGAUUUUCCAAGUUUGUGUUCAAAUAAAGACUGUAAAAGAGAAGAAAAAUACACAACAGGCAACAGGAUAUGCUGCUGAAACCGUUUAAGUAGGUUCUUUUAAUUUUAAACUCGUUUACACUAUAGAGUUUUUGUCACGAAAUACAAUUGUUGUAUGAAUGUUGUUGAAUGUUCAUUUUUGUUCGUCGCUAUAUAACAAAACGCUUAAUGCCUGUUUCCUCGGGAAAUAGUCAGUUUUGUUUUCGCUCGGAAUCUCAAUUUUCCCUCGACGAACAUUGAGACUCUCGGGAAAACAAAACAAACUAUUUCCCUCGGGAGCAGACAUUAAUUAAGUGUAUAAUAUUUUUUGAACUUUAUUUGUUCACGGCGAACAGGCCCGACCGGAAGUUGCACAGAAAAAUGGUCAUGUCGCUGAUCAUUCAUUGCAUGACAGUGUGGGCUCAGUCAAGAAUUUUCCCGCGUUUUUUUGUUUUGCUUUAUUUCGGUAAUCGUUCCAUGUUUCGCGCACCAAUAUAGUAAACGUUAUGUAAUGGAUAUGAUAGUGUACUGAAAAGUUAACUGGAUACCUCCAUACACAUAUAUACACACCCUAACCCUAUCCUUAACCUUAAACCUAACCCAACCCCUAACCCUAAUACCUAUAACCCCUAACCCUAACUUAUAUUGGUGCGCGAAACAUGGAACGAUAACCUUUAUUUCGAUUGAUUUGUAGCGAAAGGGUUUUUAUUAGUUAAAGCUUUUCUAUACUUCUGUUCAGUCCUUGGAAUUUACUGACCUUGGCGCUCGGUAAAUGCCGAGGCAAAAAAGAUUGCCGAGGUAAUUCUACGAUAAGUAGACAUCAAUAGACAUCAUUAGUCUUGAGUAUACUUUAUAUCACCAAAGCUUUUCUGAAAACUAUGGAAAUUAUACUUGACAAAGUUACGAUAUUUUAAAUUAUAGCGCGUGAAUUAGAUAGUGGUAUUUAUACCUUUGUAAACAAGAACACAAAAGUGAAUGUAUUGAUUAUCGACUUUUCAAUCACCUUGUCUGUUUCAUAAGGUUUCCGCAGCAAGAAAAAAUAUAAAAUUGUAAGUGUUUUAGACAGAUAUUACGAAUAGCAGUACACUCUAGAAACUGUUUAUACUGACCUGCCAAAGUGUGCCUAAGAUCCGAAGCCUUGGUCGAGGUGUGCCGAAGUCUUUGUCGAGUUGUUCCGAAGUAAUUACUGAAGUAAUUUAAAGGAAUUUCAUUGUUUUCCUCGGCAGAAAAAAAAUGGUGAGGCAAACGAGCCGUAAUUGCAGAAGACGUCGGCAAUUAUUUUGUUGAGGCAAAAAUAGCUUAAUUACCUGGAGGACUGCUUUGAGGUUCAUAUCUUUAGUGAACUCUUCCUUGAACCAUGUCUGAAAUAUAAUAUUUUCACUUGAAGGGCUAAAGAAAUUCAGUCCAGAUAUGAAAACAUGAAAGCAAGCAUGAGAAACCAGCCUGGCAUGAAAAAACCAGAAGGUACACAGUAGUUUUUCAUGUAAUUCUUAAAUGUCUGUUUAUGUGAUAUUUCAUCCUCGUCCCCAGAGCCUCUUAGCCGCGCGAGUCCUUCAAAAAUCAUAUGCGGAAAUGGCGGGGAAAAUGUCUGCCAAAAUAAUAGUAGUAAAUACGGGAAAAGCGUAUACUAUAACGAAAUGGCUGAAGCGUUAAGGUAGGGAAUUCACCGCUUUUUCCUUGUGUCAUAUGGGUCUCCAUUAGCAAUAAUGCAAAGCUCACUUCUCUUGUGGUGUUUGAGCACUCUGACCACUGGAUGCGUUGACCUCACUUUUCUUAUCCGAGGUAUUAAAUUUAAUUAUAAUAUAGCAUUUGUAAAUUCUGGACGCUGAUUGGCUAAGAGCCGUGUUGCAUGACAUAACUCAAUGUCAUGCAACACGGAAAAUUUCUCGUCGCUCUUUAAAUUCAAAAGCGUAUUCCCGAAAUUUGGCACUAAACUUUUUGGCACUGGAAGCGACGGAGAAACCCCCCAGAAGGUUUGCAUAUUUAGAAGCAAGCGAUUUAGACGAGUUAUUAGAAGCAGCACACUCCAAAAGAACGAAAUACAGCACUGCUUUAACGAAAUACAGCACUGCUUUAACGAAAUACAGCACUGCUUUACCGAAAUUCAGCAAUGCUUUACUAAACGAAUUUCUCGUGUUCCCAACGUACUUUCACUCGUGUUGAUAUAACUAUAUAUCAACACCAAAAAUGUUUUAUAUUUGUCAAAUAAUAUCCUUUACUCAUAAAUCAAUGGUCUUUAUUUAAAAUGAAGUGAAUUAAUUUUUUUCAGACAAAAGCUCAUGCUGGAAAGAUAAGAUUGGAACAGUGCGGGACACUAUAAAAAUGAUUUUGAAAGAAGUUGAAAAAAUUAAUGAAGAGUUUUAUCAUUUUUUAAGGUAUGCUAUAACUUGGAAGUUUGAUAUCGAUAUAACACUAACAUGCAGGCCUCAAAUGCAAGACAUCUCUUUAUGAUACACGAAUUUCCGUGGCGUUCUUAGGGCUCGUUAAGCAAACGAUGAUGGUAUUAGACCUGUUUCAAACGUCGCAUUUUGCAUGCAUGUGUAGACUUUAAUAUCAAUGGCUUGCAUUAUGUACAUAUACAAACAUACAAAAUCAGAGAUCAGAAUUUUACAUCAACAAUGAUUGUGUAGGAAGUCGUAAUUUAAAUCGUUUUCUGUACUGCAGUACCGAAUCCCCAAAAUGAUUACAAAACAACUGAUAAAAUAUUUACACAAAUAAUGUAAACAAUAAUGGGAAAAUCUUUCGGCCUCUUCGUGGAUGGAAGUGGUGGACGGGAAACUGAAGUCUAAUUUGGAGUGGUCAUUUUAAUAAUAAAUUCCCUCGACCUCGAUAUGUUAACCGCAUGCAGGCCUUGAAAUACGUAUGGGCCUACCAGUCAAUGAUCACCGGUCAUUGACCGGUAUGUUUUUCUGCCUGACCGAAAAAUAUUAAUUACCGCUUACGGAAUGGGCACAUAAUGCAUUUAAUGAAAAAAAUACGCACAUAUCCGGGUUUGUUUCGCAACUUACUUUCAUUCGUCAUUUGUAACAGGUAUGUUAUGGCAAACAAUUGUUUUGUUUGUCACCAUCUAAAUACUAACUAUUCUCGUGUAAACUGCGCGGUGACCAUUAUUCUUACAAAAACUGAAGAGAAUACACAUAAUACACGAAUUUUUCUCUUCAACAUUUGUGGUCGUUUCUCGGUAUAUUCGCCAAGAAAUUGAGCAUUUUCGGCAGAAUUUCCUAAUGAGCAAAAUAAAAGAUGACCAGCAAAAAACCUAUAAUCCACCAAUCAUGUUGACCGGUAUACCUUCCAGAUGUGCCGCCGUUGUUCCCUUCAAAAUUGUUCAUUUGUAAUUAUUGCUCACAUGCAAGUUUCUUCGUUUUAGAGAAUUAUUUAUAUUGAGACAAGAAUUAGAAAAUUUUAUUCCAACCUUAAAAGGUCUUGAAACGAAAACAAUCGAACUUGGCGGGAAAAUACGAGAAGUGAGUAUUUGUGUCUUCUACAUUUUGUCUUUCGAAAUUUGGAGUACAGUCGUAGUGGCAGCCCAUUAGAUCAGAUUAAUUCAUUAAAAUAAUCAGAUUAAUUCUUAAAAUAAGUGGCAGCCCAUUAGAUCAGCCCAUUAGAUCAUUAAAAUAAGUGUCGUUGUGAAACAAAGAGUAUGUAUUAUAUAAUAUAUAAAACCGAUGUUAUUUUUUAGUUAAGUUACUUUAAACCGAAAAUAACGCCACAUUGAAACGUCACUGUUGCCAUAGCAACGGCAAUUAGGAGUAAUGUUCGUUGACAUAUAUGUACCGGGACUGCUUGCUCGGCCUCAAAAAGCGAGGUCGCAAUAUGGCGGAAAUAUGAGAGUGGUUGCUCAUGAAGUCGACCGCUGACCAGUACUCAAGAUGCGCCAGCAGUGCUGUUUUACUCUGAUAUGCGUCAGCUUCAAUUUGCCUCUCAAGCCUUCAGUCAAAAAGUAUUGCAGCAAGCAGUCCAUAAUAUAUAUAUAUAUAUAUAUAUAUAUAUAUAUAUAUAUAUAUAUAUAUAUAUAUAUAUAUAUAUAUAUAUAUAUAUAUAUAUAUAUAUAUAUAUAUAUAUAUAUAUUGGAACGACAGUAAUAGUUAAGCUAAUUUAAACACCUAACAAUUGCUUACGUGAAUAAUUUGACAGAUUUAAUAUUCGGCUCAUUAAAUUCAAAAGGAUCCAGUGCUAGUUUACCCUGGAUUCCAGAGCCUUCGACAGUAAAUAAUAAAUUGAAAUGUCGCGAAGGCUCUGGUUCAACAGGGUGAUUCUUUGAUUAAGCCGCGCCAAUCACAAAACAGAAUUAGUGGUUUUAGUACAGAAUCUGUACUAAAACCACUAAAUCUGUCUGUACUAAAACCACUAAUUCUGUUUUGUGAUUGGCGCGGCUUAAUCAAAGAAUCGCCCCGUUGAACCAGAGCCUUCGCAACAUUUCAAUUUAUUAUUUACUGUCGAAGGCUCUGGAAUCCAGGGUAGUGCUAGUUUUGAAAUUAGUACUAAGCCGGGUAUACCUAUACUAAGCUUCAAUGUUCAUUUGUGAUGGUUUAGUUGUUUUUAUUUAAUUUUCUUUCUGAUACUCCUUGUCAUGUAAAUGUUCAGUGUUGUUUACCUCUACAGUGGCAACAGAGCAGGCAGGAACAGAUCUGGAAAUUACUCUCCCGCAGCAAUGUAAGUAUAAUUAAGUACAUAUAUAUCGGGCUACAGAGUCCAGUGGUCGGUUGUAUGAAAGCCAGAUAGCACUAUCGUUUGCAUGAUAGUGAUUUUUUCAAGCUUUCUUAAAGUGGCCGUAUAGACUGGUAUAACUCAGAUUAAACUUCGUAUAUAAAAGUUGAAGUUUCCUUUUAUUUAUUGUGGGAUCCAUGUUCGUAGUUCUCAAGCAUUUUUGCAACGGUUGAAAAAAUCACUAUCUGGCACCGGAGUUACAGAGCCACAGGUUCGAUUCGCAUAUAGGCAUAGUUUGAAACCCCCUCCUCCUUAAGGGGCAGCUGAUAAACCAUCUCAAAAAAGACAAAAAAAGGGGGGAGAUGGGCAUUUUUUGUAAUAAUGGUCGUGGGUUACUGAAAAGGGCUGAGUUGGUUAAAAAUCGGGAGAUUUUUACAAGGGAUUAAUACAAGCAUUUUAGUCUAUACUAUACCGUUUAUCGGAAGAAGAUUGGGUUUUAAUAUGACAUUUUAAAACAUGGUUUUAAUCGGAAUAUAUAUAUACAACAAUCAAGUACUUUCUUUCUUUUGCAAUUAAUUAUUACAUGCAUUUGCCACAUUUUCCUCAGAGUAAAUUGUGAAAAUAGGAUUACGGAGAAAGAAUGCGUUUCAAAAGCCAAUCGAAGAUUGUAUUAAUCCCUGGGAAUGAGCAAAAAACUUUCAAGAAAAUUGCUUAGCAAGACAGGGACAAAUUAAUUAAAUAGGGGCGAUAAGACUCCUUUCCAAACUAUUGGUGGACGGCCUAUUGCAAAAAACCCAUCUACUUUCUGUAAAUAUGUAUGUAUUUGUGUUUAACAUUAACAGGAUAAAGAGGAAAAGGCUGAAAAAGAUCAAGCAAGCUCGCAGCAAAGACCAGCUGUAAACCCAAGGAGAAGGUAUAAAGUGUCUAAAUGCAUACAGAGGCAGGCCAGAAGAUUAAAAAAUUCGGCAAUUUAUAACGAAAAUUGGGAAUUUCAGUUAGCCUUCAUGCGGAGUUAUUGUCGAUUUCAACUUACGUUUCACUAAAAAGUUCAAAAGUUCAUAAUGAAAUUCACAAGCAGGUUUGUAAACAAAUCCUCUGAUUGGCUACUAAUCAAACCAGCCAAUCAAGUGCUCAGUUUACAAACCGAUUUGUAAGUUUCAUUAUGAGCGUUUGAACUUUGCAACGAAUUUGUGAAGUUCGGAACGAAGUUCGGAACAUUCUAGUGAAAAGUAAGUUGAAAUCGACUAUAAGGAAUAUCGUCUUUCUUAAGUGACGUUCUCGUGGCCUAGCACUCGCUGAGCUAAAUUGAAACUUUUCAAGUGCAAGUCACCUGACAUUUUCUUGCGUACUAACAUCUGGUACCCAAUUUUUCUUGAGCAAAGUUUUGAAGUUGAACAAUCUUUUAUAUAUAUAAUAGGUAAAUUACGAUCACAUUUUGGCUGAUCUAAAUUGUGAAAUUGCUUGCUAAACGUAAUUGUGAAAACGCCGAAUUUUUUCUUGUAGCUAACACCGUGAAAGGCAUUUCUUCUUGCUUCAGUGUUACUAAGCUUGUUUUUGUCGGCGUUUGUAUGUGUGUCUGUGUGAAUGUGUGUUUGUCAGCACCAUAACUUAAAAAAUAUCAAACUUAUUAACCCAGGGUUAAGCUAAUCAGCUUUCGAAGCCGGCCCCUGGCCCUCCUGAGUGUUGGUGCAGGGACGUUUGGCAGACAGCCAUUAGGCUGAAAGACAUUAGACUGACUUUUGCCGACAGACGUUUCGCCGACAGGACAUUUCACCCACAAAACAUUUUGCCGAUAGGACAUUUCACCGACAAAUAAAAUAACUAUGCAUAAAAUUACUACGAACGUGGAACAUUUCAGGGAUGGAUCCAGCAUGAUCUAGUAGGUGGGGAGGGGGGGGGGCUGCUCUGCCAGCUCUGGUGCCGAAUCUGGUGUCGCCCAUCAACUUGCUUGACUACUGCAAAGUCUUAUUUCACUACCGUAUUUGAAUUGUAAUUGUUGUUCACAGUUCGCUUAUCAUCAUGUUGUUACUCAAAUUACUGUAUCUCAUUUUGUCUCUAAUAUUUUUUGCUUUAUCAUGAAGAAUAGCACACACCCUGCACCCCCUCUGGCCAGGCCUAGGGGGGGGGGGGGGUGCCCUGAAACAUUUAUUGUAUCAUAUAUUGUAUCUUACUAUCUUUCACACGUAUGUACGGGUUGUGCAAUAACACACACAGAGUCGUAAAUUCAACCUUUGGUAAAUUUUCAUAGAUGGGCCAACUGAGAUUCCGGCAGAAAUUCCACAGUGCUUUGAGUAAAAAAAGUACAACAAUGUCUGUGAGUCAUCCUUUUGUCAACUAUCUUUCUAUUCAAUAAAUGAUUAAUCCUUUUGUUUUUAGUCAUCAAAACAGACAUCAACCGUCAGCAUUAUUUUAGAAAAUAAACUUCGGCCAAAAGGUGCUAUCAGUGAAGUGUCCUGUCGGUCAAACGUCUGUCGGCCACAUGUCCGUCCACGUGAGGGUUGCCGUUUUGUAGCCUCUCUGCAAAUGAGAACAACUCCGUUGAUUGAAAUUUAUUGUUGCUUUUUAGAUCAUCAGGUACAGAACUUUUUAAGCAAAGUCAAGCACUUUUGUCCAGGUUUGUCAAUAGAAACAUGAUCUAUAAUUUUGGUUUGCAAUUGUCUUCGUGUUUAAUCAUUUCG